UGUCACAAACACUGGCAAACCUCCGAUGGGAACCUCUCGAAAGUUGUCGCACCAAACUCCGCUUAAUUUCCAUCUUUAAGGAAGUCAAUAAUAUCACUCCAUCAAAUGUCAACUGUCGCCAGAACAUCAUAAAAGUACUGUUACCAGUACUCAUUCUACCCCCAGACAACUCGCAAAUAUAACAUCCUCCCACAAGACGUUAGAGCUCAAAGAAGCAGAAGAAGAACGCAUGCACACUGGGCAACACUUUGCGCAGUCUCACGAAUAUAAAAAGCCGGCACUGCACAUUUCCGGGCUAUAUAUCCGUCCGUAAACAGGUCAAUGGCAACACGUAUGCUCGACACAAAGCGUGUGAUGAGUGGUGUACGUUGCUUCCAUCAUGGCUGUUGUGCAGGGGAGAUCGCUGCCCGAAAUUCAGUGUCGCGUUGUUUUUGAAGUUAACGUUUGUUGACGAGUCCAAUACUGUAACUUCAUUGAGACCUUCCUCCAUGAUUCAUCAGACUUUGUAAUUUGAUGAUAACACUGAACAUUUUCAUCGCUAAUUACAAAAGGUGUUGCCCACGCAAUUGAUAGCGUUUUAUAGCCCGACUGCCUCAUGCACAAGCUCUUGGUAAAGCAUAUAGAGGUACUCAGGUAGACAUUAUGGCUAGCGACGCUAAGCAAUCACGUGUCAUGCUAUGGACAUGUCCUCGGUCCUGCAGCACUGCUGUUCAGCGGUCAAUCAGUCACGUUGAAGGUGGUGUGUUUUACUACGAGCCGUACACAAUGGCUUUCCACUUUGGUCCAGAUAGGAAGUUCCAAUGUGAAGCGAAUCGUGAUGAACGUGGUGAACUACCUAGUUCAUACUUGACUUAUGAUUCAUCAGUAAACACGUUUGAUUGGGUGAAACAGACGCUAGAAGCAAAGCACCAGGGCGCAAGUCUCGUUUUCGCCAAGGAUCUCGCGUUUUGUUUGGGAGGGACUACAAAUCUUCCCAGUGGAUACCGGCACAGUUUCCUCAUCAGAAAUCCCAAGAAAGUCAUACCAUCUUGGAGGGAGUCUCAAAACGAUUUGAAAACUGAAUUUACGAUGGAAGUCGCGGAAGAAUUUAAAGACGUGGUGAUGGCAAAUUCUGCUGGCUUCAAGGAGUUGUUUGAACUGUUCAAGUAUAUUCAGGAAAACGUGGAUCCUAAUCCUUUAUGGACGCCGAUGACCUAGUGGCCCACUCGGAAGCCGUGAUGAACGCGUAUUGUAAAGCAACUGGGAUCCCCUUCAGCAGGAAGCUGAUCGAAUGGGACGACGAUGGGUUACCAAUGUACACUAAAUGGAUCACAUGCAGAAAUCAACUACCGCUUUUCUUGACGAAACACAAUACCAAUGUGGCAACCAGUCGUGGAUUUUCGAAGAAUGAGGACUUGAAGGUACCCCGGUCGACUCUUGAUACCGAUCCAGCAGUGCUUGGGAUCAUUGAAAGCAGCAUGCCCUAUUACAAACAUCUCUACCAGCAAAGAUUCGUCCCAUGAUGCUUCCGUGUUCAGAGCAUCUUUCUAAAGUUUUUUUUUCCGAGUACAUGAACAUCGAGAGUGGAGGCCAUGUUCAAACUUAACGCGUAACUUGCGUAAGGCAAAAUGUAACUCUCGUCGUUUACGUCACGAAUUCUUCACAGAAGGAUGAAUGGCUGUUAAUGUUCUGAGCUCUACCGCACUGAACGGACUUACGUUAUGGCUGGACAACUAUAACCUGAUGAAG